UCUCUCUCAAGAUUGAGAAUUUUUAUAAAAAAUAACAAUAAUCAUGAAAAAAGUUUCUCUUACGCGAAAGCGAAUGGUUAAUUGAGCUUAGUUCAUUGUCAAAGUAAAAAUCGUCAAAGGCAGUACUCUUAUAGAUUUAGUGGCAUACGACUUGGUGCUUAUUUUUUGCUGAUUACGAAAAAAUAGUUUAAAUUAUUUUUUCUUCAAUGUGAAAAAAUUGGCAAAUUGUUAAAAAUUGAAUGUUUAUUAUUUGUGUGAUGUUGAGCAGAUAAAGAAUUGCAAAACGAGAAAAUUAUGCUAAUUCAGUCGAGACUAAUCGAUUAAUUGCUCUAUUCCGCAAUAUCUUUCAUAAAAUUUGCAAGUGCUAUAGUUCAAAGGAAAUAAUAAUUAAAAAAAUUAUCAAAAUUAAAAAAGAACAAAUUGAAAAAAUUUGGAAAAAUGUCGGAGGGUAGUGAACCUGAUCCAUCAGAGAUUGCAAUUGAGAAUCUUUAUCCGGCAUUAUUAUCAUGCUUUGCAAUUAUAACUGUCGGUUAUAUAGCGGCUCGAAUGAAUGUUGUAACAAACACGGGUGCAAAAGGUUUUCAUACAUAUGUCGGUACAUUCGCAUUGCCUUCAGUGAUAUUUCUCUCGUUGUCGGAAGUAAAAUGGGAAACUGUAAAUUGGAAGUUCCUUUUUGCCAUUUUCACAUCAAAGUCAAUCGUCUUUUUUGCAGUAAUGCUAACGGCAUUGCUAGUUGUAAGGCCUAUGAAUUUAGGAAAGAGUGGAAUCCUUGCAAUUUUCUGCACGCAAAGUAAUGACUUUGCUAUUGGUUUUCCAAUUGUCAGUGCGCUUUAUUCUGAUAUUCAUCCAGAAUAUUCAGCAUAUAUCUAUCUUAUGGCACCAAUCUCCCUUGCUAUACUUAAUCCAAUAGCUUAUGUUAUGAUGGAAGUAACAAAUUUACAAAUUAGAAAUAAAGAGCAAAGAAAUAGUCCAGCUACAUCACCAAUGAGAUGUCCAGAAUCAGAGGCAUCAGAAACACAAAGCAGAAGAAAAAUAUUUAAAGGAAAAUUCCUUGUCAUCAUCCAUACAUUAAAAUCAAUUUUUCUUAAUCCAAUUCUUUUAAUGACAUUACUUGGAGUCAUUGGAAGUGUUGUCUUUAAGAAUGGAGUUCCCGUGUUCAUGUCAAGUAUUUUACGGACAUUUGGAAAUUCAUUCGCAGCCUCUGCACUAUUUUUACUCGGUGUAAGAAUGGUGAGUGAUGGGAGUCAUGUGAAGGGACCUGGAUUUUUAUUGCCUGCUGUUUUAAUCAUUGUGAAACUGCUGGUCUUACCACUGGUAAUUCGACAGACAGUCAACAUAAUAAAUGCAGGCAGUAAUUUCACUGAAACGACUGAUUUAAGCACGUUUGGUUUUUUGUACGGCACAUUUCCUUCAGCACCAGGUGCUUUUGCUGUGGCCACACAUUACAAUACAGACAUUGAUUUGAUUGCAUCGUCGAUGGUCGCAUGUACAUUUGUUUCGGCUCCUCUCAUGUUUAUUUCAGCAAAAAUGAUAUCAAUAACAAAUUUAAAUCCGCAAGAUUAUUUGAAAGAAUACGACAGUAUAGCAUUUGAUCUAUCAAUUUUUUCAUUGUGUGCAGCAGUUUUCGUUUUAUUGUUAUUUACUGUCACGAAAAAAUUUAAACGUCUCCCACAUCGCAUAACGUGCUGCUUAUUGCUAUCACAAAUGAUUGCAUCAAUUGGUAUCAUUAUGUGGUCAAAGCUUGAACAAGACAUACCAUGGAAGAUGUACCUGCAAUUUAGUUUCUUUACGAUUGGACAAUAUUCAUCGAGAUUGUGGGCUGCAUUUUUGGCAAUAACAUUACUAUUUCUUAACUCUAGAAGUUUAUGUUUUGCACUGAAACUAUGGCCUUAUUUCCUUUUAUUAGGCUUUGGAUUGCCAUCUUUAAUCACGGGAAUUUUAUUCCUUGCUGAUACCAAAAGCAUAAUGCCAAAAGCCAAGCAGAAUCCAAACUUUCAAUUUGGAAAUGUUCAAGCGAUUAUAUCUGUAUUUUUGCUAGUCAUGUGUUUUAUCGUAACAGUUGGAUGUCUCAUGCUGCAUCAACGAUAUAAACGAAGAUAUGAAAAAUAUAUUUCACUAUCCAAAGAAGUUGCAUCACCUGAUGUAGAAACUAUUACAACGGCAGCAAGUUCAACAACAAAUAUUGAGAGACUUGCACAUGUUGAUUCAAGUCUGAAUUUUGCUGUCAACAAUAACAUUAGGAGAAGACGAUCAGUGUCAUCAGAUGACGAUGAGAUUGUAAUUAAAGCAAAUGGAAAUGGUGGGUGUUCAGGCGAAGGUGGAGGGGAUGGAGAAUGUUGUUCUGCUGCACAGAAUAAAACACCGACACGUGUAAUUGAUAUUGAAGACUUGAUUCCAACGGGUUCAUCAACUUCUUCAGCUGUACAAGGAAAUGGACUGUGCUCUUCACAGUUUGGAUGUCCAACAUCUUCUCGUGAAGCAUGCCAGUCAAUGGUUCAGAGAUAUCAACAAGAUUCUAACUUUCCGCUCGAACCAAUUGAACAUAUUGAAACCAUUGACUCAUAUCAAGUCAUGCAGCAUACAGUGCUUUUAAUUCUUCUUCUAUGCUCUAUGUUUGUGAGCUUUGCUCUCACAAUAUGGACAUUGAUUAUGGAAGGAAUGUCUGGAAUUUAUGUUGAACUUUCAUUUUUAGAAGCAUUUUUGAAUUUUGGACAGAGCAUAAUAGUGCUUGCGUGCUUCAUUAGUGAUGCUGGUGAUCUUUUUGGACCAUUAACAGCAUUUGUAAGGAAAUUAUGGUACGGUGCUGAUGCUCUCAAAACCCCAUCGUGGGAUGAUCUCUCAGAUGAUACAAAACAUGUUUGUGAACAAUUUGCCACAUACCAUCUUGAAAGAUGCCGCAAAGCUAUUGCCAAAGAUAAAAGAUGGAGAAUUAAAGUAUAUAAAAAAGUUUUUUUCGGUUCACAGUUUGUUGAUUAUUUAAUAGAAGUUGGUCUCGCUAGUGAUAGAAUUGAGGCAGUUAAAUACGGUAAAAGACUGAUUGAUGGACGAAUUAUGCGACAUAUUAAUAAGUGUCAUCACUUUGCUGACAAGAAAUUAUUGUACACAUUUUGUAAUAGAUUGUAGUUAAUAACGAUGAUGUAGUGGACAUCAAACUAUAGACUAGAAUGUGAGACGAGUUUUUAAUGAAAUAUAAUAUUUAGAAAUGGUUCAUGCAUGGGCUUUCUUGUGUCUUAAAUAUAUUUUUAAGCUUUUUCACCUGUGGAUGAGUUCUCAGCACCAAUUAUUAAGAAACUCUAGAAAUUCACAUAACGACACCCUUGCAUGAAAUUAUUUUCUAUUAAAAAAGAUCUGUAAAUAUGCAACAAGUGACUUACGGAUUAUCAAAAAGUCAGUAAUUGUUAAAGUUAAAGACAGACCUAAACAAUAAGAAUUAUUUUUAAUUUUAUGUGAUAUAAUAGCUAAUUGCUUUGAACAAUGAAUUUUGAAUUAUUGUGACAAGACAGCCAUUCAUAUUUUUUUAAGCAAUAAAAUAUAAGAAUUAAUUAUUGCAACAGUUCAAAAUUCCCGAAUUUAAAAUAAAGUGAGCAGCCAUUCAUGUUUUCUUACUGAGAAAGAUUGAAUAUCGUGAUUUAUUGACUUUUUUGAAGACGAUCGCAUAAUAUACAAUUACUACUCACGAUUUGUUAUUAUUUUCUAAUAGGUCUAACAAGCUUUAUGAAUUAAAAGUCAUUAAAAGAUAUUAUAUUGAUGAAAAAAGAGAACCCCCUUCCGCAUUUGAAGCUAAAAUAAAAUAAAAUCAAGUUUCUUGAUUGAAAUAAAUACUAAAAUUUGCGGCUGACGACAAACAAUGAGGCUACAAUGAAAGCAUGAAUGACUGAAUACUAAUUGAGUAUGAAGCUUAAAUAAAUAAAUCAUCACUUAAAGAUGUGCUGAAUAUUAUUAAAUGUAUCUUUGCAACAUAAUUUAAUGAUAUUAUGCUAGUUCAAUGAAUCUAGUUUGGUACAGAUGAAUUAGGUUCUUGAAAAUUUGAACAAAUAUUACAAUUCAACCAGUUAAUAAUUGUAUGAUAAUAAAUCUGUAAGCAGAAAGUUAUUUUUUGAAUUUAAUUAUAUUUUUAAAACACAGAAAUAAAC